GAAUGGAGGCGACUACGUGAGGUGAAAGUUAUCCGGGUGGCCCCCAAUGGUGUCAGGAAGCGAUGGCUGUGGCGUUGGUGGAAUGAGCGUUGCAUGUGUCUUGAAGAGGAAAACAGUUCUCUGGCAGGACUCCUUCAGCCCCCACCUGAAACAGUACACAGAAGGUACCCUUAACCACAACAUGCCCGUGGUCCUAACAUCUGGACCUGUGGGCCAGCAGCAGCCGCCGCCACAGCAUCCAACUCAUUCUGCACUGGCAACAGGACCUCACGCCAGCCCUGUGGGCAGCUCAAUGGGAGUGGCUGGGCGCUCGCAAGAUGACGCAAUGGUGGAUUACUUCUUUCAAAGGCAGCACGGAGAACAAUUAGGGGGAGGUGGAAGUGGUGGAGGAGGUUACAACAAUAGCAAGCAUCGUUGGCCCACUGGAGAUCAUAUACAUGCGGAACAUCAGGUGCGUUCGAUGGAUGAAUUAAAUCAUGACUUUCAGGCUCUUGCACUUGAAGGAAGAGCAAUGGGAGAACAACUGUUGCCCGGCAAAAAAUUCUGGGAGAGCGAUGACUCCAACAAGGAUGGACCAAAAGGCAUUUUUCUGGGGGAUCAGUGGAGAGAGAGUGCAUGGGGGGCAUCUGAUCAUUCAGUCUCCCAGCCUAUCAUGGUCCAGAGGAGGCCUGGUCAAGGAUUCCAUGUUGGCAGUGAAGUUAACUCUGUGCUCUCCCCUCGUUCUGAAAGUGGAGGCUUGGGAGUCAGUAUGGUGGAGUACGUCCUCAGCUCCUCUCCUGGAGACAACUGCAUGAGAAAAGGAGGAUUUGUAAGUGCCUCUCCCUUAAUACAAACAAGGGGGGGAGCCCUUCGAUUGCCAAGAUAUAGAAAAAUGCAGGGUCCUCGUGAUUCCGAAGGAGAUGAAAAUGACAAAGUGGAUAAAAAAAGCAAAGGAGUCUAUGAAGGGGAUAAAUUGGGAGACCUGAAGGAGGAAGGUGACCCUAUGGAUAAGGCUAAUGGGCUGCCAGUCCAGAACGGUAUUGAUGUUGAUGUAAAGGAUUUUAGUCGUACCCCAGGUAACUGCCAGAACUCUGUAAGUGAGGUGGAUCUUCUUGGACCAAGUCAGAAUGGCUCUGAGGGUCUCGCUCAAUUGACAAACAGCAAUGGAGCAAAGCCAGUGGAAGACUUCGGUGGCAUGGAGUCGCAAAGUGUUCAGCUGGAUCCCAUGGAGCAUGUUGGCAUGGAACCUCUACAAUUUGACUACCAGGGCAACCAAGUUCAAGUUGAUUCAGGAGCUACCACAGUUGGCCUCUUUGAUUAUAAUUCUCAACAGCAGUUGUUUCAGAGGCCGAAUGCUCUUGCAGUACAGCAACUGACGGCAGCCCAGCAGCAACAGUACGCAUUGGCAGCAGCACACCAACCGCACAUAGGUAUGUUUUCAGCAGGUCUAGCCCCAGCUGCAUUUGUACCAAACCCUUACAUCAUCAGUGCCGCGCCUCCUGGAACAGACCCCUAUGCAGCCGGCCUUGCAGCAGCUGCUACGCUUGGCCCAGCUGUGGUUCCCCACCAAUAUUACGGUGUCACUCCAUGGGGAGUGUAUCCUGCCAACCUCUUCCAGCAGCAAGCAGCGGCAGCAGCAGCAGCAAACAACUCUGCAUCUCAACAGAACAAUCCUCAGAAUCAGCAGGGCCAGCAACAGGUGCUUCGUGCAGGAGGUAAUCAGCGACCGCUAACCCCCAACCAGAAUCAACAGGGACAACAAAAUGACCAGCUAGUUGCAGCAGCUGCUGUGAAUUCUGCACUGGCCUUUGGGCAAGGCCUUGCUGCUGGAAUGCCUGGAUAUCCAGUUCUAGCUCCUGCUGCUUACUAUGACCAAACAGGGGCACUUGUUGUGAAUACUGGAGCCAGAAAUGGACUGGGUGGCCCUGUUCGGCUGGUAGCUCCCGCACCAGUUAUUAUUAGUCCAUCUGCAGCUCAAGCAGCUGUUGCAGCAGCAGCUGCUUCUGCCAAUGGACAAGGUGGUGCGUCAAAUGGACCCUUUCGUCAAUUGAAUUCUCAACAGCCUCAGGGACAACCUCAACCACAAGGCAACCAGAAUCUGGCAUCAAGCUCGUUCUAUGGCAACAGUUCCCUGACCAAUAACUCUCAAAGCAGUUCCUUAUUUUCACAAAGUUCAGGCCAGCCAGCGAAUAGUUCAUUGGGUUUUGGAAGCAGUGGAUCACUGGGAGCAACGCUUAGUUCAGCACUGGGUGGCUUUGGAACAGCAGUUGCUAAUUCCAACACUAGCAGUGGAUCGCGUCGUGAUUCUCUGACUGGCAGUACAGAUCUAUACAAAAGGACUUCCAGCAGUUUGAAUCCCAUUGGACAUAGCUUCUAUAAUGGUCUAGGCUUCUCUUCCUCUCCUGGUCCUGUAGGCAUGCCCCUUCCAAGCCAGGCGGCCAGCCAUUCCCAGACACCGCCACCAUCUUUAUCCUCUCAUGGAUCAUCUUCCAGCCUUAAUCUUGGAGGAUUGACAAAUGGCAGUGGCCGAUACAUAUCUGCUGCACCCGGGGCAGAGGCUAAGUACCGCAGUGCGAGUAGUGCAUCAAGUUUAUUUAGCCCAAGCAGCACGCUUUUUCCAUCUUCCCGACUUCGCUAUGGUAUGUCUGAUGUGAUGCCCUCAGGUCGGAGCAGAUUGCUUGAAGACUUUAGGAAUAAUCGUUAUCCUAACCUUCAGUUGCGAGAAAUUGCUGGUCAUAUUAUUGAGUUUUCUCAGGACCAGCAUGGAUCUAGGUUCAUCCAGCUGAAGUUGGAGCGUGCAACUCCAGCGGAGAGACAGUUGGUAUUUAAUGAGAUCCUACAAGCUGCUUAUCAGUUGAUGGUGGAUGUAUUUGGAAACUACGUCAUACAGAAGUUUUUUGAGUUUGGAAGUCUAGAACAGAAGUUGGCACUUGCAGAAAGAAUUCGCGGACAUGUUCUUUCCCUGGCUUUGCAGAUGUAUGGAUGUCGAGUAAUUCAAAAAGCGCUCGAGUUCAUCCCACCUGACCAGCAGGUCAUCAAUGAUAUGGUCCGAGAACUGGAUGGGCACGUUUUGAAAUGUGUUAAGGACCAAAAUGGAAAUCAUGUUGUACAGAAGUGCAUAGAAUGUGUCCAGCCACAGUCUCUGCAGUUUAUCAUUGAUGCCUUCAAGAGUCAGGUGUUUGCGCUCUCCACGCAUCCGUAUGGUUGCAGGGUGAUUCAGAGGAUUCUUGAGCACUGCCUUCCUGAGCAAACGCUGCCUAUACUCGAAGAGUUGCACCAGCACACAGAACAGUUAGUACAGGAUCAGUAUGGGAACUAUGUCAUACAGCAUGUUUUAGAACAUGGUAGACCUGAAGACAAGAGUAAGAUUGUUGCAGAGAUUCGGGGCAAUGUCUUAGUUCUGAGUCAGCACAAAUUUGCAAGUAAUGUAGUUGAAAAGUGUGUGACGCACGCCUCCCGCACAGAACGAGCAAUGUUAAUCGAUGAAGUUUGCACGAUGAAUGAUGGGCCUCACAGUGCCUUAUAUACAAUGAUGAAGGAUCAGUAUGCCAACUAUGUGGUGCAGAAAAUGAUUGAUGUAGCAGAGCCAGCUCAGCGUAAGAUUGUCAUGCACAAGAUUCGGCCACACAUUGCCACUCUUCGUAAAUAUACUUAUGGCAAACACAUUCUUGCUAAGCUGGAGAAGUACUACAUGAAGAAUGGUAUGGAUCUGGGUCCAAUGUGUGGUCCCUCAAAUGGCAUCAUCUAGAGAAUCUUCCUGGACCCACUGUAUCUCCCUAUUUCUGCCCACCACGUGGGAGAUUCGGGGUGUAGCUCUUUCAAACCAACCUUUGUAAAUGUCUUUAAUUUUAUUACACCCAACAUAUUAUUUUUAAUAAUCAACUUGACCCCCCCCCCCCCAAAUGUAUUUCUGUAUAGAAUCACUUGUACAUAUCUUGUACAUGUCCUGCCCCCUUGCUGAAUGCACAUCAAUUGUGCAGCAGAGGCCAUGUGAAUAAAUUUGCUCACCAGAAUCCAAAAGGAUCCUGAAACUUUUUUUUUCUUUUUUUUUAAGACACGAUGCAUGGUUUCCCUUGCCUUUGUUUAUUUUAAAACAUACUUUGAUGAACCAGAGUUCUCCAUUUCUAUCUGUAUGUUCAUAUGUAUACAAUAAUUCUUCUUUUUUUUUUUUUUUCCUGAGCGAAAUCAGUUUUAUUGUGCAGAAAUUGGGAUUGAGGCAGACUGCCCUUUUUACAACUGUAUUAUUUGAUUUUUGACUUACUUUAGCAUGUCCACCUUAAUUCUAACCCGUAUACCCUUUUUUCGCUUUGUAUAAAUAUGUAGUGUAUACUUGAUAUAGAUAUUUGCAUAUAUAUAAAACUUUGUAGUAUUUUUCUUUUAGCUUUUUUGAUGUUUAAAAUACAGAUGUAUCCUGCAGUUAGUGGACAUAAACCCUUUUGACUGUAAAAUUGUACAUUUGUAAAACCUCAGUAAUGUAAAUGUGAGUUUGAAAAUUGACAUAACCCCCUUCCUUUUUGGUAAGAGAUAAGAAAAGGCAAAAAAGAAAAAAAAAAACUUUAGGCCAAACUGUGCAUUUCCAAGAUUCUUCUACAGAUAUAUUGGUCGUGAUGUUGUAAAUUGUAAAUUGUAAUUUCAGCCGGGCAAGACAAAACUGCAUUUCCCCCUUUUUUUAGUUGGUGUUUGAUAUCUCAUUUUACUUCCAUUUAUAAUUGGAUUAAUGUUAAAUUUGCUCUAAAUUAGUGCAGAUAUCUUUUUAAAUCAGCCAACUGCAAGUAUAAUUUCAGAUUUUUAAAUCUGAACUAAAACUACCCUUAUCCAGUUGGCAAUCUCGUUAGUUCUUUCCUGUACAGACUAUAACAUUUUGUUUUGCAUUUUGUCUCACUUGUAAGUUGCUGUAACAUAUUGUCCACUUAAUUCUUUGUUUGAAUAUACAAAUGUAAUAGUUAAACGGUGUAUAUUUACAACAGACAUGAGAUCCCCCUCCCCUUUUGUGUAUAUUACAAAUGAAAAUUUUCAAAGCACACUUGUUUAACUGUAUGUGUAUAAUUAAGAAUACCCUUUUCAAUUGCCAGAUGGAGCAGAAGGAGGGCAAUGGGGAAGGGGCAUUAUUGGCCCUGUGGAUGCUUCUGAUUUAGCAAUUAUUUUUUGUACUUUGUGUAGAAUGUCUAUAAAUGAUGUGUGAUCUUUAUUUUGAAAAUUACAGAACUUUGGAAUCUC